AUGGCCGCGGCGGGCGAGAUCGAUGAGGAUCUCCACUCUCGUCAGCUCGCGGUUUACGGCCGCGAGAGCAUGAGGAAGCUGGCGGGCGCCACCGUCCUCAUCUGCGGCAUGAAGGGCUUGGGCGCGGAGAUCGCCAAGAACGUCAUCCUCGCGGGGGUCAAGGGUGUCACCAUCCAGGACGCCUCCGCGUGCGAGCUCGCCGAUCUGGGCGCGCAGUUUUACCUCAGCGAGGCCGACGUCGGCAAGAACCGCGCCGAGGCGUGCGCGGCCAAGCUCCAGGAACUCAAUCCCGCCGUCACCGUCACCGUCAACACCGGCGAGAUCACCGACGACCUCUGCAAGCAGCACACGGUUGUCGUGUGCACCGAAGUUCCCCUGGCGAAGGCCAAGGAGGUCGACGCCUUCUGCCACGCCAACGGCAUCGCGUUCAUCCGUGGCGACGUUCGCGGCGUCUUUGGCUCGCUCUUCUGCGACUUCGGCCCCGGCUUUGACGUGCUGGACGUGGAUGGCGAGGAGCCCCACAGCUGCAUCGUCGCGUCCAUCUCCAACGACGCCACCCCGCUGGUCACGUGCGUGGACGAUGAGCGCGUGGAGCUCCAGGACGGCCAGAGGGUUCUCUUCGCCGAGGUAAAGGGCAUGACGGAGCUCAACGACGGAGUCCCGAGGAGGAUUAAAAACGUCAAGGCUCACUCGUUCGAGCUCGAGGAGGAUACCACCGCUUACGGCCAGUACACCGGCGGGGGUAUCGCCACGCAGGUGAAGGAGACCAAGAAGCUCGCCUUCAAGACCCUCGCGGCCGCGAUGGAGGAUCCGGGCGAAUUCCUGCUGUCCGAUUUCGCCAAGCUGGACCGCAGCGCCGUCCUCCACGUGGGCUUCAACGCGCUCGACGCGUUUGCCGUGAAGAACGGGCGGCUCCCGACCCCCGGUAGCGACUCCGACGCCGCCGCGGUGGUGGCAUGCGCCAAGGAUAUCAACGACGCCGCGUCGCCUGCGACCAAAAUCGACGACGUGGACCCCGACGGCGUCCUCACCGUCUUUGCCAAGACGGCGGCUGGAUACCUCUCCCCGAUGUGCGCCAUGUUCGGCGGCGUCAUCGGUCAGGAGGUUGUCAAGGCGUGCACCGGCAAGUUCCACCCGCUGCACCAGUGGUUCUACUUCGAUUCGGUCGAGUCCCUUCCCGCGAAGGAGACGCUCACGGAGACCGAGCUCGCGCCGGAGGGGUCCAGGUACGACUCGCAGAUUGCGUGCUUCGGCAAGACGAUCCAGCGCAAGAUUGAGUCUCAGAAGAUUUUCCUGGUCGGCGCCGGCGCGCUUGGCUGCGAGUUCAUCAAGAACUUUGCGCUCAUGGGCCUGUCCUGCGGCGCCGACGGCAAGGUGACCGUCACUGACGACGACGUCAUUGAGAAGUCCAACCUCUCUAGGCAGUUCCUCUUCCGCGAUUGGAACAUCGGCCAGGCGAAGAGCACCUGCGCGACCAACGCCGCCAAGGCUAUCAACGGUGCGCUCAACGUGGAUCCGCUGCAGAACCGUGUCUCCCCCGACACCGAGGACGUGUUCGACGACGAUUUCUGGCAGGGACUGGACGUGGUGGUGAACGCGCUCGACAACGUCAACGCGCGCCUCUACGUGGACAGCAGGUGCGUGUACUUUGGCAAGCCCCUGCUCGAGUCUGGCACCCUCGGCACCAAGUGCAACACGCAGAUGGUGGUGCCCCACCUUACGGAGAACUACGGCGCCUCCCGCGACCCGCCCGAGAAGUCGGCGCCCAUGUGUACCUUGCACUCGUUCCCCCACAACAUCGACCACUGCCUCACGUGGGCCAGGUCAGAGUUUGAGGGCAUGUUUGAGAAAUCCCCCGGUGAGGCCAAUGCGUACCUCGCAAAACCCGAGGAGUACGCCGCCGCCGCGAGGCAGGCUGGCGACGCCGCCGCAAGGGAGAACCUCGAGAAGGCUGCCGAGUGUCUCCUCACCUCGAAGUGCUCCACCUACGAGGAGUGCGUGGCUUGGGCGAGGCUCAAGUUUCAGGAUUCCUUCCACGACAAAAUCGCGCAGCUCGUGUUCACCUUCCCCGAGGACGCCACUACCUCCACCGGCUCCCCUUUCUGGUCCGCGCCCAAGAGGUUCCCCCACGCGCUCAACUUCAGCACUGAUGAUGCUUCCAAUCUCACGCUCAUCCGCGCCAUGGCCAACCUCAAGGCCGAGCUCCACGGCUUGGAGAGGCCCUCGUGGGCCGCUGACGACGCUGCCAUGGCCGACGCCAUCUCCAAGGUUGACGUCCCCGAGUUCAAGCCCAAGAGCGGAGUCAAGAUCGAGACCGAUCCCAAGGCAACCGCUCCGGCUAGUCUUGGCAUGGACGACGAGGCCAUCAUCGAGGAUCUUCUCGGCAAGCUCGAGCAGGUGCGCUUGGGCUUUGCGGCAGAUUACCGCCUGUCCGUGAUUGAGUUUGAGAAGGAUGACGACACCAACUUCCACAUGGACGCGAUCGCGGGCCUGUCCAACAUGAGGGCCAGGAACUACGACAUCCCGGAGGUUGAUAAGCUCAAGGCUAAGUUUAUCGCGGGCAGAAUUAUCCCCGCCAUCGCGACCACCACCGCCAUGGCCACCGGCCUCGUGUGCCUCGAGCUUUACAAGGUUCUCAACGGCGCCAAGCUGGAGGCGUACCGCAACACCUUUGCCAACCUCGCGCUGCCGCUCUUCGCCAUGGCCGAGCCGAUCGCGCCCAAGAACUUCGAAUUCAAGGACAUGAAAUGGAGCCUGUGGGACCGCUGGAUCCUGGAGGGCGACUUCACCGUCAAGGAGCUGCUCGACUGGUUCGAGGCGAAGGAACUCACCGCGUACUCCGUGUCGUGCGGCCAGAGCCUCAUCUACAACAACAUCUUCCCCAAGCACAAGGAGCGCAUGAACCAGAAGGUGAGCGACUUGGUGCAGACGGUGGCGAAGAUGACGAUCCCCGCCAAGCGCAAGCACUUCGACAUCGUGGUGGCCUGCGAGGAUGAGGAGGGUGAGGACAUCGACGUGCCCCUCGUCUCUGUCAAGUUCCGCUAAGGGCUGUCCAGUCGCAUACUAAGAACGCUAUACUCUUCU